AUGCAAACUGGCUCGAAGGUGGAAGUCCUUAAAUAUCGUAGUGAAAAUGGUGUUGGAGACUCUCGCAUUUUACCUUUUGAAUUGGAACGUCAACAUAUUUAUGAUUACAUGGAUAGUUUCUACAAAAUGUAUGUAAUGAAUUCCAUUAAGGCCUGCUCAACAUUGCCCGUUUUCGAAGGACCAUUCAAGCCGCCCUUCGAGAACAGAGUCUAUGUUUUGGACAAACGUCAGUUUAAUUUGGACGAUUAUCCGAAUGUUUUAGACGGUUUUUAUAAAGCGGCUCUACUUGGACAUGGUGAAGUUACUUGGUCCAUGAACUUUACAGGCCAAUUGAGUUAG